GUGGCGGAGAGCACGCUGCGGACUUUUCCGAGGAGCCUACCAUGGCCGGGAGGAGCGGCCUCCUGUCACCCCAGGUAAUAUCCCUGUUCGCUGUUGCUGUUGGAGUCAACGUCUGCCUGGGAUUCACUGCCCAUCGGAUUAGGAGGGCGGAAGGAUGGGACGAAGGCCCUCCUACAGUGCUGUCCGAUUCCCCCUGGACCAACAUUUCUGGAUCUUGCAAGGGCAGGUGCUUUGAACUCCAGGAUGUGGGACCCCCUGACUGUCGGUGUGACAACUUGUGUAAGAGCUACACCAGCUGCUGCCACGACUUCGAUGACCUCUGCUUGAAGACAGCUCGAGGCUGGGAGUGCACUAAGGACAGAUGCGGAGAGGUGAGGAAUGAGGAGAACGCCUGCCACUGCUCCGAGGACUGCCUGGCACGGGGAGACUGCUGCACCAACUACCACGUGGUCUGCAAAGGAGAGUCACACUGGGUUGAUGAUGACUGUGAGGAGAUAAAGGCUCCAGAAUGCCCUGCAGGGUUCGUGCGCCCCCCACUGAUCAUCUUCUCCGUGGAUGGCUUCCGUGCAUCCUACAUGAAGAAAGGCAGUAAAGUCAUGCCCAACAUCGAGAAGCUGAGGUCUUGCGGGACACACUCUCCCUACAUGAGGCCGGUGUACCCGACAAAAACCUUCCCCAACUUGUAUACUUUGGCCACCGGGCUGUACCCCGAGUCUCAUGGCAUUGUGGGCAACUCCAUGUAUGACCCUGUGUUUGAUGCUACCUUCCACCUGCGUGGGCGGGAGAAGUUCAACCACCGGUGGUGGGGCGGCCAGCCGCUGUGGAUUACAGCCACCAAGCAAGGGGUGAAAGCUGGAACAUUCUUUUGGUCUGUCGUCAUCCCUCAUGAGCGGAGAGUCCUGACCAUCCUGCAAUGGCUCACCCUGCCGGACAACGAGAGGCCUUCGGUAUACGCCUUUUAUUCUGAACAACCCGACUUCUCUGGACACAAAUACGGCCCUUUUGGCCCUGAGAUGACAAAUCCUCUGAGGGAAAUUGACAAAAUGGUGGGACAGUUGAUGGAUGGACUGAAACAGCUGAAGCUGCAUCGAUGUGUGAAUGUCAUCUUUGUCGGAGACCACGGAAUGGAAGAUGUCACAUGUGACAGAACUGAGUUCUUGAGCAAUUACCUGACCAACGUGGAUGACAUUACUUUAGUCCCCGGAACUCUAGGAAGAAUUCGGUCCAAAUUCAGCAAUAAUGCUAAAUAUGACCCUAAAGCCAUCAUUGCUAACCUCACGUGUAAAAAGCCAGACCAGCACUUCAAGCCUUAUCUGAAGCAGCACCUCCCCAAACGCUUGCACUACGCCAACAACCGGAGGAUUGAAGACAUACAUUUACUGGUGGAGCGCAGGUGGCAUGUGGCAAGGAAACCUUUGGAUGUUUAUAAGAAACCAUCAGGAAAGUGUUUUUUCCAGGGAGACCACGGAUUUGAUAACAAGGUCAACAGCAUGCAGACUGUUUUUGUAGGUUAUGGCCCAACAUUUAAGUACAAGACUAAAGUACCUCCAUUUGAAAACAUUGAACUUUACAAUGUUAUGUGUGAUCUCCUGGGAUUGAAGCCGGCUUCUAAUAAUGGGACCCAUGGAAGCCUGAAUCACCUCCUGCGCACAAAUACCUUCAGGCCAACCAUGCCUGAGGAAGUCACCAGACCCAGCUAUCCAGGGAUCAUGUACCUCCAGUCCGAUUUUGACCUGGGCUGCACCUGUGAUGAUAAGGUAGAGCCAAAGAACAAACUGGAUGAACUCAACAAACGUCUUCACACAAAAGGGUCUACAGAAGCUGAAACAAGGAAAUACAGAGGCAGCAAAAAUGAAAACAAGGAAAACAUUAAUGGAAACUUUGAACCUAAAAAAGAGAGACACUUGCUCUAUGGACGCCCCGCGGUGCUUUAUCGGACUAGAUAUGAUAUCUUAUAUCAUAUUGACUUUGAAAGUGGCUAUAGUGAGAUAUUUCUGAUGCCACUCUGGACAUCGUACACUAUUUCCAAACAGGCCGAGGUCUCCAGCAUCCCUGAGCACCUGACCAACUGCGUACGGCCCGAUGUCCGUGUCUCUCCGAGUUUCAGUCAGAAUUGUUUGGCCUAUAAAAAUGAUAAGCAGAUGUCCUAUGGGUUCCUCUUUCCUCCUUAUCUGAGCUCUUCACCAGAGGCUAAAUAUGAUGCAUUCCUUGUAACCAAUAUGGCUCCCAUGUAUCCUGCUUUCAAACGGGUCUGGAAUUACUUCCAGAGGGUACUGGUGAAGAAAUAUGCUUCAGAGAGAAAUGGAGUUAAUGUGAUAAGUGGACCCAUUUUUGACUAUGACUAUGAUGGCUUGCAUGACACGGAGGACAAAAUAAAACAGUACGUGGAGGGCAGUGCCAUUCCUGUGCCUACCCAUUACUACAGCAUCAUCACCAGCUGCCUGGACUUCACGCAGCCCGCCGACAAGUGUGAUGGCCCCCUGUCUGUGUCCUCCUUCAUCCUCCCACACCGGCCGGACAAUGAUGAGAGCUGCAAUAACUCAGAGGACGAGUCGAAAUGGGUGGAAGAACUCAUAAAAAUGCAUACUGCUCGUGUGCGGGACAUCGAACAUCUCACCAGCCUGGAUUUUUUCCGGAAGACCAGCCGCAACUAUUCGGAGAUUCUGGCUCUUAAGACAUACCUGCAUACGUAUGAGAGCGAGAUUUAACCAUCUGGUCAUCUGCAGUACAGUCUUAUCAACUGGUGUAUAUUUUUAUAUUGUUUUUGUAUUUAUUAAUUUGAAACCAGGAUGUUAAAAAAAUGUUAGUAUUUUAAUCCUGUACCAAAUCUGACAUAUUAUACCUGAAUGGCCCACUGUUUUUCUUAAUGCUCGAUUUACGUAGUCUUAUGUUCUGAGUAGAGCUUAUACUGCAUACUGCAGCUUAAAUUUUUAGUGGAAGCUUCUAAAUGGUGCUGCAGAUUUGAUAUUUGCAUUGAGGAAAUAUUAAUUUUCCAAUGCACAGUUGCCACAUUUAGUCCUGUACUAUAUCGAAACAAUGAUUUUGUAAAGUUGCAUUCAUUUGCUGUUAACUAUGACAGACAUAUUUAAGCCUUAUAAACCAAUCUUAAACAUAAUAAAUCACACAUCCAGUUUUU